CACACUUUAUAUAAUUGCGUUCUAGCAGACGGAUUAUUUUCAGUAUUUUCACGAUUGCAAAUAAUGUUUUGCAAUAAAAAAACAGUUAAAUUAUAGUAAUAGAAGAAUAAAAUGUCUUUGAAACAUGUGGUAGUUGGCGGUGGAACCGGUUGGAUUGGAUCGUGUUUGAUUUCUGCUUUACAGAAUCAAGGAGUGAAAACUACGAUUAUUUCACGAAUGCCUGGUCCUUGCAGAAUAUCUUGGCAUGAUUUAGAAAAAAAAGGACUGCCAGAAGACGUUUCCGACGUGAUAAAUGUCGCCGGUCAAAAUAUUCUCGACGUUACACGAAGAUGGACACCUGGUUACAAACAAAAUAUCUGCAAUAGUCGAAUUGAAACAACAAAAGCUUUGGCAAAAGCCGUUUCUUCUACAGAUGCAAAAAGUUUCGUUACUAUUUCUGGUGUUGCUUAUUAUCCCACAGAUGGAAAGGAAUACACAGAGGAAGACAAAUGUGAACCUUACGACUUUCUGUCAAAAUUAUGUCACGAUUGGGAAGCAGCUGCCAAACUUCCAGAUGAUUGUAAAAUAAGACAAGUUACAAUAAGAUCUGGAGUAGUUUUAGGAAGAACAGGGGGCAUGAUACAGCAAAUAUUUCCCCCUUUCUUCAUGGGUGCUGGAGGAAUAAUGGGAACUGGAAAACAAUACAUGCCCUGGAUUCAUAUUCGAGAUCUAGUGAGACUAUUUCAACAUGCAAUGUGCAAUGAAAAUUUACAUGGAGUUUUGAAUGGCGUUGCUCCUCAAAUUAUCACAAAUCAUGAAUUUACGAAAGCAUUCGCUGAAGCCUUAUGGAGACCAUCGUUUCUCCCAAUGCCUACCGCUGUUGUCAAUUUACUUUUUGGAGAAGAACGUGCGAAGAUUGUUUUGGAAGGUCAAAAAGUCAUUCCCAAAAAAGUACUGGAAUCAGAUUUCAAAUACAAUUUUCCUGAUAUUCAAAGUGCUUGCAAAAAGUUUGCACAACUAAACUAUUCAGACACGUAAGAAGAUUAUUUAUUAGCUGUUGUUGUUAUAUUUAUGUAUUUAUUUCCUCAAAAAGGAGAAGUCACAAAUUAGACGAAUAAGUAGAAAGUAAAUUAGUGUUACGAUCUAAUGUGCUUUAAUAAUUCUAUUUAUUGAGUAUUAUUAUUCUAUUUAUUGAAUAUUAUUAUUUUGUACGUUGCUGGUUGAUGAUCAUAACGUUUAUUACAAAGUCUAGUUUGUAUACGUUGACAAUAAAUGUAAUCAAAAAGAGAGA